UCAGGCAGAAAAAUGUGGAAGAGAUCAGGAAGGAGCAAGAAAAGGGAAAUCGGGGAAAUUUGACCGGUGGGAGGAGCGUGGCGGAAAAGUAGGGAAUAUUCCGUCGAAGAUCCCUGCGGGUUACCUCAUAUAAAAUACCUCUCAUCCACUUCACCUCCACAGCUCAAUUCUCACAUACAGUCAUCAUUUUCACAACGGGGCUUUGUUUUUUAACCACACUUUGUUGUCUUCUCUCCGUUUCCUUUCUCAAAAAGCAGCAGCAGACAGAGAAAGGUGGUGGAGAAACGAAGAAAAGAGCAUCUGAGAGCGUAACAAUGGCGGAAGAAAACUUGAAAGUACUCAGCGCUCUUGAUGUGGCCAAGACCCAAUGGUACCAUUUCACUGCAAUCGUCAUCGCCGGAAUGGGCUUUUUCACCGACGCCUACGAUCUCUUCUGUAUAUCCCUCGUAACCAAAAUGCUCGGCCGGAUUUACUACCAUGUCGAUGGCUCCCCUAAGCCCGGCAGCCUGCCGCCCAACGUUUCCGCCGCUGUCAACGGCGUUGCGCUCUGCGGGACACUCGCGGGCCAGCUUUUCUUCGGUUGGCUUGGCGACAAGUUGGGCCGGAAGAAGGUUUAUGGUGUAACUCUUAUGCUCAUGUGUAUUUGCUCCAUUGCGUCAGGCCUUUCUUUCGGGAGGGAUGCUAAAUCUGUGAUGGCGACUCUCUGCUUCUUCAGAUUCUGGCUCGGCUUUGGCAUUGGAGGUGAUUACCCGCUCUCCGCCACCAUCAUGUCGGAGUACGCUAACAAGAAGACUCGUGGGGCGUUUAUCGCUGCGGUGUUUGCGAUGCAGGGGUUCGGGAUUUUGGCUGGUGGGAUUUUUGCUAUGAUUAUGUCUGCUGCUUUUGAGGUGAGGUUCAAGGCGCCAGCUUAUGAGAUUGACCCGAUUGCCUCGACUGUGCCAGAGGCGGAUUACCUCUGGAGGAUUAUUUUGAUGGCUGGUGCGCUCCCAGCUUUGCUUACUUUCUACUGGCGGCUGAAGAUGCCGGAAACCGCCCGUUACACAGCCCUGGUGGCCAAGAACGCGAAACAGGCAGCUGCAGAUAUGUCGAAGAUCUUGCAGGUGGAUAUCGAAGCGGAGCAGCAGAAAGUGGAGCAGAUUGCGCAAAAGCAAAAGGGCUACGGCCUAUUCUCCAGGGCAUUCCUUCGUCGCCACGGAUUGCAUUUGCUUGGAACUACGAGCACAUGGUUCUUGCUCGACAUAGCAUAUUACAGCCAGAAUUUGUUCCAGAAAGACAUCUUCAGUGCAAUUGGGUGGAUACCUGCAGCAAAAACCAUGAAUGCAAUUCAAGAAGUGUUCACAAUAGCAAGGGCACAAACUCUGAUCGCUCUCUGCAGCACUGUCCCUGGGUACUGGUUCACGGUGGCCCUUAUCGACGUCUUGGGGAGAUUUGCGAUUCAACUGAUAGGAUUCUUCUUCAUGACAGUUUUCAUGUUUGCUUUAGCCUUUCCUUACCAUCACUGGACUAAACCAGACAACCGGAUCGGGUUCGUGGUGAUGUACUCGCUAACGUUCUUCUUUGCCAAUUUUGGGCCGAAUGCCACCACAUUCGUGGUGCCAGCCGAGAUUUUCCCUGCAAGGCUUCGCUCAACCUGCCAUGGGAUAUCGGCAGCGGCUGGGAAGUUAGGAGCGAUCAUUGGGGCUUUCGGGUUCCUGUACCUGGCGCAGAACCAAGAUAAGAAGAAGGCGGAUGCCGGUUACCCGGCCGGAAUCGGGGUCAAGAAUUCACUCAUCGUGUUGGGGGUCAUCAAUCUUUUAGGCUUAUUGUUCACUUUCUUGGUUCCUGAAGCAAAGGGGAAGUCUUUGGAGGAUCUGUCAGGAGAAAAUGAGGACAACAGAGAUGAAGAUUAGCGUUUUACAGUUUCUUUUUCUUUCUUUUAUGUUUUGUUAGCGAGGUGUAGGUGGUUAGAAUUUUUGCUUACUUUCUGAAAUGUAAUUGCAACUUGGGAGAGUGUAAAUUCCUCAGCUGCAUUCAUCUGAUUGUCCAAUGUGUUAACGAAGAACAGGAUUUUCAUCGCA